AUGGGUCUUCUGGUCUUCUGGCUGCUGCUGUCCGCAUGUCUGACGUCAGGACACGGGUAUGACAUCCUGGACGACAUCUUCGGAGUGGAUCGACCUGCGAACAGAGUAAAACGACAGGAACAGGACAGUAACCAAUGCCUCAGCAACCCUUGUCAGAACGACGGCAUCUGUCUAGACGCGGACGGCGAGUACUCGUGUCUCUGCCAGGCUGGCUGGAAAGGAGUCAAUUGCGAUCAAGUCCUGACUAGACCAGACAACAAGGGGAAAGAGUUCAUGUUUGGAUUUCUUCAAAAUUUUGACGACACGCCGAAGUUGGAGGUUUUCGUCACCACCUCCAGUGCGACCCCGGUGGAAGUCACCAUCUCCGCCCCGGGAGUCAACUUCUUCCACCAGCUGUCAGUCGUCAAUGGGGCCAUUGUGAUCGUGGACGUCCCAGCAGAGCUGCAGCUAUUUGCAAGCGAGAAGGCGCGAAAGGGUAUAUACAUCAGCGCAGAAUCCGAAGUCAUCGUCUACGGCGUCAACAAGUACAGGGCCACGACUGACGGGUUCCUCGCUCUCCCAGUGGAUGUUCUCGGCACCGACUACUACGUCGCUUCGUACACGCCAAUUUCCUCCACGCUUUAUUCCGAAUUCGGCAUUUUUGGAGUCUCCAAUCAAACUAAAGUGACUGUGACGUUGUCGGACGAUGCGUAUUUCCUAGAGAGGCGUUACGACGCGGGGAGUACCAUCGUGUUCACUCUGAACCGGUUUGAGGCGGUGCAGAUACGGGGUAGGGGGCCGACUGCCGACCUGACGGGAACCCACGUGGUGUCUGACCAACCGGUGUCCCUGCUGUCCGGAAGCAGGUGCACCAACGUUCCGCAAGGGAUCACCGCCUGCGACCACCUGGUGGAACACAUUCCGCCCGUCCUCACCUGGGGGCUCAAGUUCGUCACCGUCCCGCUGGCUAUGCGGCACGGCGGCGAUGUCUUCCGCAUCGUCGCUUCCGAGGACGGCACCGACGUAGACGUAGCCGGCGUGGGAAGCCGUACGAUGAACGCCGGGCAGUGGUGGGAGCUUGACAUCGCCUCAGACGAGCAGCACCUAGUAACAGCAUCCGCUCCAGUUAUGCUGUUACAGUACAGCAAAGGAAAGGACGCGGACGGAGUCAACAGCGAUCCGUUCAUGAUGUACGUGCCGCCUAAUGAGCAGUUUGCCGCCGACUACACUUUCGGAACCGUCGACUCGCCGUCUUCUCCCUACACCAGCUACGUCAACGUCAUCAUCGACGGGAACAAGACAGCUGGACUGACGCUGGACGGGAAGGAUCUCGACGCCGGUACAGUCUGGAGUGAGAUCCCGGGUACAGAUCUGGUCUCCACGCAACUCAACAUCAAAAACGGCACGCACAAGAUCAAGCAUUUCUCCGCCAUCGUGCCCUUUUCCAUCUUUUACUACGGGUUCGCGUCGUACGAUUCAAUAGGUUUUCCUGGCGGUUUCCGGCUGGCCAGUUUCCCCAAAGACUGUAAGAAGAUGGAGCCGGUGCCUGGAGACGGAAUUGACAAUGACUGUGACAGACGUGUGGACGAAGAACUGCUCAACGGAAUUGACGACGACAAUGACGGCCAGAUCGACGAAGACAUAGCCGACCUCAACCAUGACGUCAACGAAUGUGACCUGCGAUUGGACAACUGUCACCCUGACGCUGACUGCAUCAACACGCACGGGUCGUACAAGUGCCGAUGUCGGCCUGGCUUCACCGGGGACGGAACGGACUGCUGGGACCGUGCUAUCUGCCAGGCGUUUGCCGACCCGCAUUUCAUAUCGUUUGACGGGACGCUGCACCACUACCAGGGCCACUGCACCUACACCCUGGCUAAAACCUGUCCGACCAGCAUCACUACGGACCUGCCCAGCUUCGACGUGGAGGUAAAACUGGAGCCGCGGAGCAACCCUCGUGUCACCUGGGUCAGAGAGGUGUGCGUCACGGUGUUCGAUCGCACCAUCGUGUUCAAGAAGAACAAAGUCGUUCUAGUUGAAGGUCUAUUCGUCCUUCUGCCGGCCAACCCCCACCCGGAGGUCAGAGUUCGGCAGGUAGGUCGUUACGUCACCAUGGAGGCAGACUUCGGACUCCGGGUCUCCUUUGACGGCGUGCACCGCGUGCAGGUCGUCCUGCCGAGCACGUACACGGGCGCCACAUGCGGUAUCUGCGGGAACUACAACAGAGACACGGCAGACGACUACCUCACACCGGACGGCAUACUGGCGGGAAACGUUAUCGACUUCGGGGACUCUUGGAGGGUUCCAAAAGAGGGAGAAAUCUGCCAAGAAAGACCGGAUCCCCCUGACGACUGUGACGAGGAACUGCAGCUGAUCGCGGCUGACAUCUGCAGUGUCCUGACGGACCCGACAGGCGUUUUCUCACCCUGCCACCAAGUCAUAGACCCAGCGUUUAUGAGGACAACUUGUGAAUAUGAUGUCUGCUCCAUUUUCGAAGACAACACCAUAGCACUUUGCGCCAACCUGCAAGCGUACGCAGACACGUGCAUAGAAGCAGGCGUCGACCUGGGUGCCUGGAGGAACGAAGACUUGUGCCCGUUAACCUGUCCAGACAACAGCGAGUACAACUCCUGCGCGAGCCCCUGCCCGGCCACGUGUGCGGACGUGUCGGCGCCGUUCUACUGCAGUGAGAAUGAGUGUGUGGAGAGUUGUGAGUGUAAGACUGGGUAUGUCCUGGAUGGAGAGACCUGCGUACUGAGGGAGCAGUGUGGGUGCUUCAACGACGGCACAUAUUAUAUGAUCGGAGACAGAUGGACGGAGGACUGUAGCCGUGAGUGUGAGUGUAGCGGGAAGAACGACAUCCAGUGUGUGGACAUCAGCUGUCACGACGCGGCGUUCUGCGGGACUGUGGACGGGAUCCAGGGAUGUCACUGCUCCCCGGGAUACGUCGGCAACGGGUCGUUCUGCGAAUUUUACGACCCAUGUAAUAGCAACCCUUGCCUAAAUGGUGGUAUCUGUACGGAAGAGGACAACGGUGGGUACAGCUGUGAGUGCGUCGGGCAAUGGAGCGGGGCAAACUGCGAUGAAGGGUCCAUCUGCAGAGCUACUGGAGACCCCCACUACCACACGUUCGACGGCAGAUCGUUUGAGUUCCAGGGUCCGUGCAGGUACACUCUCACCAAGGACAUCAGUAACGGCGUCAACUUUAACAUAGAGAUCCAGAACCGACCGCUGUCUAUCUCCCCAGCUGUGGCGGUCGUGCGAGAGAUGUACGUGGAAGUGCACGGGUACAGCAUCUCAAUCAUAGGCAGGAACAUACAGGUUGACGGCAUAAACCACACCCCACCUGCCAUUCUUGGAGACGGAGAGGUCAAGAUCUUCAUAUCCGGUCGUUUUAUCGUGGUGGAAGCAGAUUUCGGUCUAGAGGCGUCCUUUGAUGGACAACAUUACGCAAUGGUGUUUGUUCCCGGGUCGUAUGCCGGACUUACCCGAGGUCUCUGCGGCAUCCUGAAUGGCAACCCGAUGGACGACUCCCUAACAUCCGGAAACACGCUGGCCAGGGACUGGAAUGACUUCGGGCUUAGCUGGCUGAUAGGAGAGUCGUGGGGAGUUGGCUGUGACGUGGUGUGUGAGUGUGUGAGCACCGACAAUAUACAAUGCAGAGAGGUGCAGUGUCACGAAAACGCCUGGUGCGGAGUCCAGCACGGCAGGCAGGGGUGUCACUGUAACAACGGUUACAGCGGGGACGGUGUCACCUGUGAAGCGACGGCAAUUUGCAGGGCUUCAGGCGAUCCUCACCACAGAACAUACGACAACCGCGUUCACUGGUUCCAGGGCCCGUGUAUGUACACCCUAACCCGGGACCUGGGACAAGACUCCAAGUUUAACGUGGAGGUACAGAACGAGCCACUGCCCUGGCUGACAAGCCUUUCCGUGGUGAGAGAAGUGUACGUGGAAGCUUACUUUUACCGCAUCGGGAUACUUCAGCGCAAGAUUGUGACGGUAAAUGAUGAAAUCUACUCGUUGCCCUUUCGUCUGGCCGGCGGAAGGAUACAAGUUCGGCUGAGCGGUCGGUUUGUCCUGGUCCAGUUAGACAUCGGCGUGAAGGUUUACUACGAUGGAUAUCACUACUCCAAGGUUGUACUUCCAGCGGAGUACCAAGACCAGGUGGGCGGUCUGUGCGGGAACUACAACAACGACCCAAGCGACGACUUCAUGAUGCCCUCCGGGAUCACUUCAUCCGACCUGAACUUCUUUGGGCAGAGCUGGAUCGUAGAUGCAUCAACUUGUCCAGGUGGCGAGGUUGGCCCCAUCCCUGAUCCUCCCAGCUGUAACCCACGUGUUCAGGCGGCAGCUGAAGCAGCUGACAGGUGCGGCCUGAUCACAGAUGUCGACGGUCCGUUUGCCAGCUGUCACGCCGCGGUGGAUCCACAGUCUUUCUACGACGACUGCGUGUUCGACAUCUGCGCACGGGACGGGGAUGUCCUCGGCCUUUGCCAGACCCUGGAGGUUUACUCUGACACGUGUACGGAUAACGGCGUGGCGCCAUUUUCAUGGAGGGCCAGCAACAGAUGCCCCGGAGAAUGUCCACCAGACAGCACGUUCUAUGCCUGUACGAGCCCAUGUCCUGCAACCUGCUCGGAUCCCGACGCUCCGAACAACUGCCCGGAGCAAUGUGUGGAAGGCUGCGCCUGUAAUCCCGGCUUCGUACUGAGUGGACAGAGCUGCGUCCCAGAGGAAGAGUGCGGAUGUACCAACAAGGACGAUCGCUACUUUCUGCUGGGAGAACGCUGGGGAGCUGACCGGUACGACUGCGUCUGUACCCCGGGAAACAACAUCACAUGUGAGCCGCUGGAGUGUAACCCUGAGGAAGGCUACGACUGGAUGAUUCUGGACGGUGUCUAUGGAUGUAUCUGUGUAGACGACCGCUGCGCUGAAUGUGAGGACGACUGUUCAGACCACGCAACCUGCCGCCUGAUAGACCUGCAGCCCACCUGUGUCUGUGAUGACGGCUAUGAAGGGGACGGCUUGACUUGCGAAAAUAUUGACGACUGCGACCCUAACCCUUGUCAGAACGGAGGCACCUGUACUGACGGCGUCGAUUCCUUCACUUGUGACUGCAUCAUCGGCUUCGAGGGGUACACGUGUAGAAUAUAUGUUGGCAAGUGCGACCCCAAUCCGUGUCAAAAUGGAGGGAACUGUACCGAGGGCCAGGAUUCGUUUGAAUGCGCCUGCGGAGUAGGAUUCCUCGGCAUUUUCUGUGAAACAAAUAUUGAUGACUGUGACCCGAACCCAUGUCUAAACGGAGGUAACUGUACGGACGAGGUGAAUGACUACACCUGUGACUGUGUAGCAGGGUAUAUAGGUGAUCAGUGCGAAACAGAUGUUGAUGACUGUGCCUCUAACCCAUGUCUAAACGGCGGUUCAUGCCUUGACGGUGUCAACUCCUUCUCUUGCGAUUGUGUGCCUGGAUUUGAGGGGGUUCUUUGCGAAACAAAUUUUGAUGACUGCGCCCCGCAUCCAUGUCAAAAUGGAGCUAUCUGUGUGGACCAGGUGGACUCGUACAGAUGUAUCUGUCAAGACGGAUUCGUUGGGGACUGGUGUGAAGAAAAGAUCGAUGAAUGCGAGUCCGACCCUUGCCAGAACGGCGGAACCUGCACGGACGCAGUGGCUAUGUUCAUCUGUGACUGUGUGUCAGGAUAUGAAGGCGUUGCUUGUGAAAUAAAUAUAGACGACUGUGCCUCCACCCCAUGCCUGAAUGGAGCUAACUGCACGGAUGGGCUGAAUGAGUACUCCUGUACCUGCGCAUCAGGAUUCGUCGGUACCCACUGUGAAACAAAUGUGGACGACUGUGACCCUGACCCAUGUGAAAAUGGCGGGACAUGCAUUGACGGCGUGGACUCGUUCACGUGCGAGUGUGCAUCAGGAUUCGCUGGGGAAACCUGUGAAGCAAACGUCGACGAAUGUGACCCUAGCCCUUGUCAGAAUGGGGCAACAUGCAUUGAUGAAGUGGACCGGUACAGGUGUGAAUGUGCACCGGGAUUCGAAGGCGUCAACUGCGAAGAAGACACCGAUGACUGUGACCCUAAUCCAUGUGAAAACGGAGGCAUCUGUACUGACCGUGUCAACUCCUACACGUGUACCUGUACCGAGGGAUACUUUGGACUCAACUGUGAAUCAUUUUUCGACUUCUGCGAUCCCAACCCUUGUCAAAACGAAGGCAUAUGUACACCUAAAGCGGAGGGUGGGUACAACUGUACCUGUGGAUCAGGAUUCACUGGGAACUGGUGUGAAUCAGAGCUUGAAGAAAGUGAAAAUGACGAUGAUAGUGACACCACCACCUCCGAAGGUGAAGACACCAGUGACGUAACGGAAGGCGACGACACUAGUGACGUAACGGAGUCUUCUUCUGAAGAUGAGGAUAGCAGUGACACAUCUGAGUCUGAAGGUUUCGAUGCCUGCGACCCGAACCCUUGCCAAAACGGAGGAAUGUGUUCACCUGAUCCACUGGAAUUUUACUCAUGUACCUGUGAAUCAGGAUUCACUGGGCACUGGUGUGAAUCAGAACUUGAAGAAAGUGAAAAUGACGAUGGAAGUGACACCACCAGUUCCGAAGCUGACGACACUAGUGACGUAACGGAGUCUUCUUCUGAAGAUGGAACCGGAGGUGACGACACAAGUGACGUAACGGACUCUUCUCCUGAAGAUGGCACCGGAGGUGACGACACCAGUGACGUAACGGACUCUUCCUCUAAAGAUGGAACCGAAGGUGACGACACUAGUGACGUAACGGAGUCUUCUCCUGAGGAUGGCACCGGAAGUGACGACACUAGUGACGUAACGGAGUCUUCUCCUGAAGAUAACACCGGUAGUGACGACACUAGUGACGUAACGGAGUCUUCUCCUGAGGAUGGCACCGGAGGUGACGACACUAGUGACGUAACGGAGUCUUCUCCUGAGGAUGGCACCGGAAGUGACGACACUAGUGACGUAACGGACUCUUCUCUUGAAGAUGGCACCGGUGGUGACGACACAAGUGACGUAACGGAGUCUUCUCCUGAAGAUGGCACCGGAGGUGACGACACUAGUGACGUAACGGACUCUUCUCCUGAGGAUGGCACCGGUGGUGACGACACCAGUGACGUAACGGACUCUUCCUCUGAAGAUGGCACCGGAGGUGACGACACCAGUGACGUAACGGACUCUUCCUCUGAAGAUGGCACCGGAGGUGACGACACUAGUGACGUAACGGACUCUUCUCUUGAAGAUGGCACCGGAGGUGACGACACUAGUGACGUAACGAACUCUUCUCCUGAAGAUGGCAAGGGAGGUGACGACACUAGUGACGUAACGGACUCUUCUCCUGAAGAUGGCACCGGAGGUGACGACACUAGUGACGUAACGGACUCUUCUCCUGAAGAUGGCACCGGAGGUGACGACACUAGUGACGUAACGGACUCUUCUCCUGAAGAUGGCACCGGAGGUGACGACACUAGUGACGUAACGGAGUCUUCUCCUGAAGAUGGCACCGGAGGUGACGACACUAGUGACGCAACGGAGUCUUCUCCUGAAGAUGGCACCGGAGGUGACGACAGUAGUGACGUAACGGACUCUUCCUCUAAAGAUGGCACCGGAGAUGACGAUACUAGUGACGUAACGAACUCUUCUCCUGAAGAUGGCACCGGAGGUGACGACACUAGUGACGUAACGAACUCUUCUCAUGAAGAUGGCACCGGAGGUGACGACACUAGUGACGUAACGGACUCUUCUCCUGAAGAUGGCACCGGACGUGACGACACUAGUGACGUAACGAACUCUUCUCUUGAAGAUGGCACCGGAGGUGACGACACUAGUGACGUAACACACUCUUCUCCUGAAGAUGUCAUCGGACGUGACGACACUAGUGACGUAACACACUCUUCUUCUGAAGAUGGCACCGGAGGUGACGACACUAGUGAUUUAUCGGACUCCUCUACUGAAGAUGGCACAAGAGGUGAAGACACUAGUGACGUGGCGGACUCUUCUUCUGAAGAUGGCACAGCCAGCUCUGAAGGUGGCGACACUAGUGACGUUUUGGACUCUUCUACUGAAGAUGAUACCACAAGCUCCGAAAAUGGCAACACUAGUGACGUAACAGACUCUUCUUCUGAAGAUGACAACGUUAGCUCCAAAGAUGACGACACUAGUGACAUAUUGGACUCUUCAACUAAAGAUGGCACCGCCAGCUCUGACAAUAACGACACUAGUGACGAAACGGUCUCUUCUUCUGAAGAUGGCAAAGCCAGCUCGGAAGUUGACGAAAGUUCAGAAUCAGGUCAGUCCUCAGAAGGAGACAACGAAAGCUCAGAAUCAAGCCAGUCCUCUGAGGGAGACAACGAGAGUUCAGAAUCAAGUCAGUCCUCUGCGGAAGACAACGGAAGUUCAGAAUCAAGUCAGUCCUCUGAGGAAGACAACGGAAGUUCAGAUUUAGGUCAGUCCUCUGCGGAAGACAACGAAAGUUCAGAAUCAAGUCUGUCCUCUGCCGAAGACAACGAGAGUUCAGAAUCAGCCAGUGAGGACGAAAACGAGAGUUCAGAAUCAGGUCAGUCCUCUGAGGGAGACAACAAAAGUUUAGAAUCAAGUCAAUCCUCUGAGGGAGACAACGAAAGUUCAGAAUCAGGUCAGUCCACUGUGGGAGACAACGAAAGUUCAGAAUCAGGCCAGUCCUCUGAAGGAGACAACGAAAGUUCAGAAUCAGAUCAGUCCUCUGAAGGAGACAACGAAAGUUCAGAAUCAGAUCAGUCCUCUGAAGGAGACAACGAAAGUUCAGAAUCAGAUCAGUCCUCUGAAGGAGACAACGAAAGUUCAGAAUCAAGUCCGUCUUCCGCCGAAAACAACGAGAGGUCAGAUUCAGGUCAGUCCUCUGGGGGAGACAUUGAAAGUUCAGAAUCAGAUCAGUCCUCUGAAGGAGACAACGAGAGUUCAGAAUCAGGUCAAACCUCUGAGGGAGAAAACGAAAGUUCAGAAUCGAGCCAGUCCUCUGCAGAAGACAACGAAAGUUCGGAAUCAACUCAAGCCAGUGAGGACGAAAACGAGAGUUCAGAAUCAGGUCAGUCCUCUGAGGGAGACAACGAAAGCUCAGAAUCAAGUCAGUCCUCUGAGGGAGACAACAUAAGUUUGGAAUCAACUCAAGGUAGUGAGGACGAAAACGAGAGUUCAGAAUCAGGUCAGUCCUCUGAUGAAGACAACAAAAUUUUAGAAUCAAGUCAAUCCUCUGAGGGAGACAACGAAAGUUUAGAAUCGAGCCAGUCCUCUGAGGGGGACAACGGAAGUUCAGAAUUAGGUCAGUCCUCUGCGGAAGACAACGAAAGUUCAGAAUCAAGUCUGUCCUCUGCCGAAGACAACGAGAGUUCAGAAUCAGAAUCGAGCCAGUCCUCUGCGGAAGACAACGAGAGUUCAAAAUCAAGCCAGUCCUCUGCGGAAGACAACGAAAGCUCAGAAUCAGGUCAGUCCCCUGCGGGAGACAACGAAAGUUCAGAAUCAGGUCAGUCCACUGAGGGAGACAACGAAAGUUCAGAAUCAAGUCAAGGCAGUGGGGAAGACAACGGAAGUUCAGAAUUAGGUCAGUCCCCUGCGGAAGACAACGAAAGUUCAGAAUCAGGUCAAUCCACUGAGGGAGACAACGAAAGUUCAGAAUCGAGCCAGUCCUCUGCGGAAGACAACGAAAGUUUAGAAUCAAGUCAAGGCAGUGGGGAAGACAACGGAAGUUCAGAAUUAGGUCAGUCUCCUGCGGAAGACAACGGGAGUUCAGAAUCAGGUCAGUCCUCUGAGGGAAACAACAAAAGCUCAGAAUCAAGUCAGUCCUCUGAGGGAGACAACGAAAGUUCGGAAUCAACUCAAGCCAGUGAGGACGAAAACGGGAGUUCAGAUUCAGGUCAGUCCUCUGAUGAAGACAACAAAAGUUUAGAAUCAAGUCAAUUCUCUGAGGGAGACAACGAAAGUACAGAAUCAGGUGAGUCCUCUGAGGGGGACAACGAAAGCUCAGAAUCAAGUCAGUCCUCUGAGGGAGAUAACGAAAGUUCAGAAUCGAACCAGUCCUCUGCGGAAGACAACGAAAGUUUGGAAUCAACUCAUGCCAAUGAGAACGAAAACGAAAGUUCAGAAUCAGGGCAAGCCUCUGAGGGAGACAACGAAAGUUUAGAAUCGAGCCAGUCCUCAGCGGGAGACAACGAGAGUUCAGAAUCAGACAACGAAAGUUCAGAAUCAGAUCGGUCCUCUGAAGGAGACAACGAAAGUUCAGAAUCAAGUCUGUCCUCUGCCGAAGACAACGAGACUUCAGAAUCAAGUCAGUCCUCUGACCUAGACAGCGAAAGUUCAGAAUUAGGUCAGUCAUCUAAGGAAGACAACAAAAGUUCAGAAUCAGACAACGAGACUUCAGAAUCAGGUCAGUCCUCUGACCUAGACAGCGAAAGUUCAGAAUUAGGUCAGUCAUCUGAGAAAGACAACGAAAGUUCAGAGUCAGGUCAGUCUCCUGCGGGAGACAACGAAAGUUCAGAUUCAGGUCAGUCCUCUGAGGGAGACGACGAAAGUUCAGAAUCAAGUCAAACCACUGAGGAAGACAAAGGGAGCUCGGAAUCGAGUCAGGCUUCUGAGGAAGACAACGGAAGUUCAGAAUCGAAUCAGUCCUCUGAGGGAGACAACGAAAGUUCAGAAUCAAGUUGGUCCUCUGCGGAAGACAAGGAAAGUUUAGAAUCAGGUCAGUCCUCUGCGGAAGACAAGGAAAGUUCAGAAUCAGGUCAGUCCCCUGCGGGAGACAACGAAAGUUCAGAAUCAGGUCAGUCCCCUGCGGGAGACAACGAAAGUUCAGAAAUAGGUCAGUCCUCUGCGGAAGACAAGGAAAGUUCAGAAUCAGGUCAGUCCCCUGCGGGAGACACUGAACGUCCAGAAUCAGAAUCAGGUCAGUCAUCUGAGGAAGACAACGAAAGUUCAGAAUCAGGUCAGUCCUCUGACCUGGACAGCGAAAGUUCAGAAUCAGGUCAGUCCUCUGCGGAAGAAAAUGAAAGUUCAGAAUCAGGUCAGUCAUCUGAGGAAGACAACGAAAGUUCAGAAUCAAGUCAGUCCUCUGCGGAAGACCUCGAAAGUUUAGAAUCAAGCCAGUCCUCUGCGAAAGACAACGAAAGUUCAGAAUCAGGUCAGUCCUCUGACCUAGACAGCGAAAGUUCAGAAUCAGACAGCGAAAGUUCAGAAUCAGGUCAGUCCUCUGCGGCAGACAACGAAAGUUCCGAAUCAGGUCAGUCCUCUGAGGGAGACAACGAAAGUUCAGAAUCAAGCCAGUCCUCUGCGGAAGACAACGAAGGAGACAACGAAAGUUCAGAAUCAAGCCAGUCCCCUGGGGAAGACAACGAAAGUUCAGAAUCAGGUCAGUCCUCUGCGGAAGACAACGAAAGUUCAGAAUCAGGUCAGUCCACUGAGAUAGAUAGCGAAAGCUCAGAGGAAGACAGCACAAGUUACGACGGUGAAGAAGGGGUCAUUAGUGACGCUGUUGAAUCAAGCAUGUCAACUGACGAAGACAACGUACGCAACUCUAUCGAACUUGUGUCUAGUGACUCUAGCAGUUUAAAUGAAGGCCAAAUCCUCAGCUCUGAGAGUGAAGAUUCUAGUGCAGCCAGUGACUAUACCAACAACGUUGAAAGUGACACCAGUCAGCUAAACGAUGAGGAGGACAGUAGUACAACGAGUUCCGACGAUGAUAGUUAUGAUUACGGUAAUAUCGCCUGUUCGCCCAACCCAUGUUUGAAUGGAGGCAGGUGCACUGCUGAUGGUUUCUACUACGAGUGUUCCUGCAGUCCGGGAUAUGAAGGAUACUGGUGUGAAAACGAAGUAGAAGAUAACGUCGAUAUCCCGGCUGAAGAUAGUGAAAGCGGCGUUUCCACUUCCGAAAAUGGAGAUGAGACCGACGACUCUACGUCUGACGAUGAAGAUGGCAGUAACGCCUCCUCGUCCAACGUUGAAGACAACAGCGAUGCCACCAUGCCUAGCGAAGACGAUGACAGUAGCACAUUCACGUCAGAAGACGAGGACGAAAGCGAAGUGUCCACUUCCGAGGAUGAGGAUGAAAUUGACACGCCUUCCUCCGACGAAGUUGAUGCUUCAUCUUCGGAAGAUGUGGAUGAAAGUGAUUCAUCUACUUCUGUUGAUGACAGUGAAGACAAGUGCAACCCUAACCCAUGUCAAAAUGGAGGCACAUGCAACGAUGACGGAACUUGUACCUGCGAACGUGGAUUUGAGGGCAUUUUGUGCGAAACAGAAAUAGAUUACUGUGACCCGAACCCUUGUCAGAAUGGAGCGACAUGUAACCAGGGUGACAACACAUUCGUCUGUGUGUGUGCUCCUGGAUUUAGCGGCCGCAUCUGUGAUAUAACAACUUCGGUCUGUAUGGUCUACGGAGAUCCUCACCACAAAACGCUGGACGGUUACCACCACCACUUCCAAGGCUGGUGCAGGUACACCCUAGUUAAGGACCUUGGCAUUGCUGCGGACUUCAACGUAGAGGUACAGAACGAACGGCUGCCGUGGAUUCCGAGUGCUUCCGUCGCGAGAGAAGUGUAUGUUGAUGCGUAUGGAUACCGAGUGGGUAUACUUCAAGGCAAGACUGUGACGGUUGGCGGGGAGGUCUCGUCGCUGCCAUUCAGCCUAGCUGACGGCAGGAUGCAGGUCCAGUUAAGCGGAAGGUUCGUGAAGAUUCAGACGGAACUUGGCGUCGAGGUCUCCUACGAUGGGUACCACUUUGGCAAGGUCGUGGUUCCAUCCAACUACAAAAACCAGGUGGGCGGUCUGUGUUCUAUGGAGUGUCCAGCAAACAGUACGUUCUCUCCGUGUGCACAUGCGUGUCCUGCAACGUGCACGGACCGCAACGCUCCCAACAACUGCCAGCAGAAAUGUGUGGAAGGCUGCGACUGUGAUCCUGGCUUCGUACUGAGUGGACAAAACUGCGUCCCAGAGGAACAGUGUGGUUGCGCCCACGACGACGGACGCUACUUUGUGCUGGGAGAACGUUGGGCAGAAGAAGGCCAGGAGUGUGUCUGUGAAGAAGGGAAUACGAUUACUUGUGAGCUCGACAGGUGCCUCGACGUUGACUGUGGAGACAAGAAACGGGAAUGCGUGAAUGUUCCGGGCGGGUAUGAGUGCCAAUGCAGGCAACCCACCUACAAGGAAAUUGCUGGGAAGUGCAGAGGUUUUCUAACUUACACCGUGGCAACACGCAUGCUGUCGCAUGACUUUUACGACGAGCUGUACGACACAAACUCCAAAGAGUUUAGAUCGCUUGUGCAGGAACUCAGGACAGUGCUACGAGACCUCUAUGCCGAAGGAACGCUGACCAAAGACGAGUUUCUCGACAUGGACAUCCGCACGUUCCUACCGGGAAGUAUCAUCGCCCACUACAAGAUCUUCCUGCCGGACGACAGCCCCUUGUUCCUGAGAGCUGGAGACGACGUGCCGUACAUUCUGCAGGAGACCCUGAAGGAACGGGCCAAGGCUCACAACGGGACACAUCUGCUCAUAGAACACGAACAGGGACACCAGGUUUCAGAUUAUGAUGAGUGCGCGUCAUCAGAGGACAACCACUGCUCGCCUUUCGCCACGUGUCAAAACAUCAUCGGGCACUACAAGUGCGCUUGCCAGGAUGGGUUUGAGGACAUAUCAGCGGACUAUGACGACCCACCAGGCCAUGUGUGCAAAGAAGUUACGGUGACGACCUCUCCAGUCAUGUGGGUGGUCUUGGCUGUGGGCUUGGCUCUUCUGGCUGCAGUUCUCAUACUGUUCGCUUGGCGCGUUCGUCUGGGGCGAGCAGAGAACCACAAGGACGUAGAAGGAUAUAAGAACAUCGGAAGUUCUCCGAGGAUGUUGACCACGAACACAGCCGAAGUUGUAACCGAAGAGGACUAA